CCUCGGUUUCUUCUGUUUGAUCUUCUCUCCCGGUAAUGGCUGGAGGCCUUGAGGGGAGGAGCUCUGCAACUAGAGGAGUCGAGCAGGCCAUUGUUGCUCUGAAGAAGGGCGCACACCUACUGAAAUGCGGGAAGAGCGGGAAGCCCAAGCUCUGCUUUUUCAGGCUAUCUUAUGAUGAAAAAAUGCUGGCAUGGUUUUCCAAAGGGAGGGAAAAACGUUUGAGCUUGGAUUCUGUGUCUAGUGUAGUUCAAGGACAGAAAACGAUCUGCAAAGACAAGGAUCAAGCUGAAUGUUGCUUGUUCAAGUACUUGUUCGUGAAGGUACACUCACUAUAUGGCAGUCCUAGGUUGGUACAGAACAAAGUAUCGAACAGCAAUCUGGAUUGCUCAGAAUCAUUCGUCUCUCCAAGGCAGAGAACAUUGUCAGACCUAGAUUUCUAUUUGGAAAGGAUUACCCCUGAAACGGCAAACAAAGAUAAAAACAGUUUGAGGGAUACAGGGGAUGCCAAUAAAAUUAAGGAGCAAAGAAUUACCCAAAUGCCUAAACUAAAAUCAUCUGAAGGAUCACAUGUGGCAUAUGGAACAGAUUCUACGAAGGACAUCUUUUUCUGGGGAGACGUUCUUGGCAGUGUGUUAGACCAUGGAGAUGCAUCAAAAGCCAAUGUCUCACUUCCAAGGUUAUUGAACUCAACCCAGAUUCUUGAGGUGCAGAAUGUCGCCUGUGGAGAAGAACAUGCAGCAAUAGUUACUAAGCAAGGGGAGGUCUUUUCCUGGGAUAAAGAGAGUGGUGAUAGAUUGGGACACAAAGUAGGUGUCGGUGUCUCACAUCCCAAAAUUAUUGACUCGCUUGCCUUUACCCCUGUGAAGACUAUUGCAUUUGGGGCAAAGCACACCUGUGCACUUGCAGUUUCAGGAGAACUUUAUGAGUGGGGUGAAGGGGCUCACAGCUUGUGUUUAGGGGAUGAUCAGUGUCACAGAAGCCAAUGGUUCCCACACAAACUGUAUGAUCCUUUGGAUGGCAUAUCUGUGCUGAAGAUUUCAUGUGGUCAAUGGCACACAGCUAUCAUAUCCUCCUCUGGUCAACUGUUCACAUAUGGCGAUGGAACAUUUGGUGUUCUUGGACAUGGUGACACCAAGAGUGUUGCUCGGCCCAAAGAAGUGGAGUCUCUGAAGGGGGUAAGAGCCAAGGCUGUUGCAUGUGGGCCAUGGCACACAGCUGCCAUUGUGGAAAUAUUAGGUAAUGUCAAGAGCAAUGCUCCUAGUGGGAAGCUGUUCACCUGGGGCGAUGCAGAGAGAGGAAAGCUGGGCCAUGCCGACGAUAAACUGAAGCUUGUACCAACAUGUGUCAAGCCACUCACUGAUGUUGAUUUUGCUCAGGUAUCCUGUGCGAAGACACUAACAGUUGCACUUACAAUAACGGGUGUUGUUUUCACCAUUGGAAGCAAGCAACAUGGAAAAUUAGGGAUUAACCACCAAACCGAUGACGCAUCUAUUUGUACAGUUGAAGGGCCUCUUAAGACUGAGUUUGUCCGAGAGAUAUCAGCAGGCUCUUCCCACGUCGCAGUUUUAACAAUGAAUGGAAGGGUAUAUACUUGGGGCAAAGGCACAGAAGGUCAACUUGGUUUAGGUGACUAUGCUGACAGGUGCUCCCCAACUCUAGUGGAGUCAUUGGAAGAAAAGCAAGUGGAGAGUAUAGCUUGUGGCUCCAAUUUCACUGUUGCGGUUUGUUUACAUAGGUCAAUCUCAGGCAAGGAUCAAUCUGUAUGCCGCAGUUGCGGGUUGUCAUUUAGCUUCACAAGGAAGAAGCACCAUUGCUACAACUGUGGUUCCAUGUUCUGCAAUUCCUGCAGCAGCAACAAGGUUUCGAGGGCAGCUCUUGUACCAGAUAGGAGCAAAAGGUACCGCGUUUGUGAUGUGUGCUUCACUCAACUGCAGAUAAAUGAAGAAAAUGGCACACUAAGUUCACGACUGACGACCCGAAAGGAGGAGCCAUUUCCAACAGAAAUAAGAGCAUAUACACCAAAGUUGUCACGUAUAAUCAAGGAAGCAAAUUCAAUCAUGGAAAAAAUGUCAAUGUCACCGGGUUCCAAUCAGAGAAAUCAAGACAUGGCUCCUCGGGAUCAAGUGAGAACACAGAGAUGGGGGCAAGUAGAGUGCCCAAGUCAAUUCAGAUGUGCACGAGACAACAUUCCAUGCUGUUCCACAUCAAGUAAACAGAGAGUCAAUGUUUCUCUUACACAGAGAAUGCCUGAAUCAGUGCCAUCAAAGUGUACCAGCUCUUUGCCACAAGCAGCUAGUAAUUUGAAAGCAGAGAUAGAUUCGGCGGAAAAGAUAUUACUAAGAGAAGUGAAACAGCUUCAAGCACAGGUGACCACCCUUGCAGAACAAUGCCGGCAUAGGAGUCUGAAGGUUCAGUCGUACAAACGAAAAGUUGAUGAAACAUGGCUAACUGUCAGGAAUGAAGCAGCAAAGAGUAAAGCUGCAAAAGACAUUAUAAAGGUUUUAACCAAUCAGAGGAAUGCUUUGUCAAAGAAGAUUUCAGCUGGUGAGCAAUCAUACAACUCCGAGACUAUUCUUAGCCGCAUCACUAGUGGAGUAAAAGCAGAAUUACCAGACCCACCGGACGAAACCCCAGUGACAGUCAAAUCAAAGCCAAGCGGCAUCAGAGAUCACCAUGAGCAAUUAGGCAGGGAAUGUAUACAUUCUAAAAACACAGCUACGGUCAAUGACUCCACCGUGCGUCAAAAUGGCAGAAAGGAACCCAAUAACAGCUAUAUUUAUGCCGGCGAAACAGUUGCCACUGUUCAUCCUAUUGAUUCCUAUGGCACAGUCGAGCAAAUCUCUCGUGGGGUGUAUGUCACAAUUGUCACAUCCCCCGGUGGAAACAAGGGCCUCAAACGCAUCCGGUUCAGCCGGAAACACUUUGUCGAGAAGGAAGCACAAAAAUGGUGGGAAGCCAACAAGAGCAGACUGUUUGCAAAGUACAGCAGCAUGGAACAAUUGACAGAGUAA